AUGCGAAAGCGCAAGAGCUUAGCCGCUGAUUCCGACUCUUUCACCGUUCGCUGGCAAUCAGUGGUCGAUAUGAACACGCCCAGCGCGGAUAUUAUGUCCUCGCCAGAUCCACUUAACGAUACCGUUGAACAGCCGCCUCGGAGUCAAAGCAAGGCUCUAAGUGCCGUCCCUCCUUCGACCACGCGUCGUAUAAUUCGCAGCAGUCAACGGUCCAGCCGAUAUUCAUCCACCGGAAUAGGAACUUCGCCUAGGAGGCAAACUUUCGAACUCGAGGUUGGAGAUAACCAGGCACCCCAGAGAUUAUUAGUCACCGUCGAAACCGAGGAACCGAGCAUGUCGGCCGGGCCUAGCAGCGCGCGUCGAAAACUAUUCCAGGACAGUCCUUACAUGCCUGCAGCACGACGGAGAGAAAUGGCUACCACUACGACGACAGUUCCGUUAAAGAAAGCGAUCGAGGAGCAGGACCAGGAUCCUAACGCGACUCCGAGAAAACGAGGUCGCCCGAGAAAAACAAAUGGUACGCCGUUACCAAGCGCAGGAAUCAAGAGGAAAGGAACGCCAAUAGCGGGGAGUCCUCGAACACGGCGGCGUACAACAAAGGAUACAGACACAACAGAAACUAUUGCGCAGCCUACGCCAGGCACGAAACGAAGGGGUCGACCUCCAAAAAAUCGAUCUAUCGACUUGGGAGGCCAGCAAACUUCAGGAACAACUUCAAUAUUGAGAGGCGCCCGACAAAAAGAAGAUCUACUCGAUGAGCUUGCAGACGCCUACGAUCUAUCCGAACUUCCUCCUAUACGCGCCGAUGACUCUCAAGCCGAUAACGAUGUGACUUUGGUAAUUACACCAUCGGAAGCUGAGGCAAAUCAGUUGCGCGCAAAUCGAAACGCCCACAAUAUCGCGCCUACGCGACAGUCAGAACCUGACUCGGAUAUCUGGAUGGCGACAUUAGACGAUGAACCAACUCCCAGACCCGCAACCAAAGCUGCAACCGGACCUUCAAGCCCAGAGCGUGGCCGAGAUGGUGGUUCGUCAGAUUUCGGAGAUUAUGGAUAUGGACCUGCUGGAAGUGACGUUUCCUCUGCAGACGACCAUCAGAGCGACACCCGACCUGGAACCGAUGAUACAGUCGCAGCGGGCGAAGACUUUAGUAUGAUCUUUAUGGAUUCAUUGCCAUCAUUACAAGCGAGCUUGCGCAGUUCGACGCAACAACAAACCGAAAACGAUAUUGGCGAAGAAACGAGCAUGAUUAUCAACAACACAUUGGAGUCACUACGACAAUCUUUGCAGGAUCGCAACAGGCCUAAAAAUAGCCAGGAGACUGCAAAGGAGGGGGAUAAGACCGAAGCAGCUAAAGAACCCGCACCAGAAGAACCACAACAGAACUUCCGACAAUCCACUAUUCGCCCACCUCUGACAUUCUCACCCAAACCCAAACUGUCUUCCAAGUGGUGGCAGAGCCCUCGAAGAAUGGGUUCUUCACCUUUGCGACACCAGGUGCUCUUAAAAUCGAACGUACCUGACGCCCCUGAAACUACCGAAUACCGUGGAUCCCCCCUUGCUUCCAACCAUCAUGACGCAUCUCACCUUGAAAACGAAGACUCAAAUGCCUACGACGAUUCUUUCUCGGAGAUUCCUGAUACUGUGCUUACAGCAGCUACACCCAGGCGCCCCCGAACGAGCACUAAAAAGUCACCAAAGGAAACCGAGGAUGUUCAAAUGGAAGAUACGCAGCUUGUUCAACUUGAAGAUGAGCCUGAAGAACAGGCCCCCGAGGAGCCAGAAGUCGAAGAAGAACAACAAGAGGAGGCCAGUCAGCCAGCAGCUUCCAAUGCAAGCGCUGCCUCUCGUUCUGAUGCAGGGCGUCUUCCGACCCCUGACGAUACAUCUUCGAAUUUCGAAGUUGAAAGUGAUAACAACCAGAAGACGGGAGCUGGCUCACGGAAGUCUACUAGACCCAACCCAAUCAGGGGUUCUUCGCUAAAGAAUCCAUCACCUGAGCCUGUGACCCAAGUCCAAACGGUAUCAGAGCCUGCGGAUGAGAUUAUCAAUGAGUUUGCGACCGAGGAGGCGAACAAGGACGAUGAUCUUUUGAUAGAUUUUGAUGCUCCUGCCCAAGAGCCCGACGAUCAUUCGGAUGCGGAUCACCAAUUCCUGGACGAACCUGAUGAUCACUCUGAUAUGGAUGAGCAAGUUUUCGAGCAGACUGUUAUAGCCGACCCUGUCGAAAAAGAGGAAGAGGAAGAAGAAGAAGAACCCGAAGUGGUACAAGAGCUACCUAAAGUUGUCAAGCCACACCAGCCUCGAUUCUCUUUGGAAGCCGAAAUUCAGCAACCAGAGGUGACACCGAUGAACCAGCUCACAUCACCUAUUCAAGAACCUCAAACUUUACCCGAACUCAUGUCAGAGAGGGCCAGGCGCCCUACGCUAUCACCUGCUGUUCGAGCAGGUCGCGCUUUGCAAAGUGUAACAUCAGAUCCUCCAUCGCCUGAGGCUCGUGAUCAACAUUUGCGAAGCCCUUUUAGGAGUUCUGUUCCUAGAGACUUAGGACAAAGAGAAUCUCAAACCAUGCGACGCACAAGUGCCAGUCCUGGGAACUCGCGUGCUGUGACUGAAACUGCCCAGAUCUCGCGGAGCAACGAGACCUAUGACGAUCCCUUUGGAACCAAUACCAGACACACAGGUCAACCGAGCUUUAUGGAAGCUCUCGAAAGGAGCAGUCGCACUUCCUCGCCACGCCAUCGACGAACAGCAUCUAGGGAUUCUGCAGCCAGUUCGACGCAUUUCCAGGCUCCUAGCGAGGGUGGUAUGAGCUGGGUACAGAACGAAGGUCCCAUUAGUCCCAACCUUCGUGGGGAUGUACCUCUUGAGGCCUUUGCGCGUUCAACAGUAAGACAAGCUGCCCCACCUGCUUCUCGCGAUCAGGCCGACCAAGUGGCGGAUGUUGCAGAUGAUGAGACUGAAGAUGCGGUUGAUGAUAUAGACUUGUGGGAGUUUGAGGCGCAGAGGUCAAGUCCUCGAGCAGCCCCGCGACAACCUGCAAAGAAGCCAGAAUCGCCUUACCGCAUACGGGGCAAGAUACCGAGCUCUUGGGGUAAACAGACUGCCAGGGAAACACAGCAGGAUGAAAACAUUGAUCAGAGGACAAUGAGUGAGAUCGAUGAGACCGAAAAUCGCCAAACAGACGCCAUGGAGAUUGCUACUGAAGACCCGCCUCGAGCAGAAGAGUAUUCACUUCUGAAUAAAUCUCAGGCUGCCAAAGAACCCAAACAAGGUCCUGGCACUACCAAAGGGAACCGUUUCGAUCUGUCAGCUUUUUUCUCGUCUCCGGGUGUCCUCCCAGGAAUGCUGGCCGAAAAGUUCUCGCCUCUUAAGAAGUCAGUCUUUGGAGCACGGCCUGCUGAGCCUGAACCCGAGCCCGUGGAGACAACACAAACAUUACCGACAAGCUCCAUGUUUCCACAGGUGCCUCAGCAAGAGCUUUUGCCUCGAGGCAAACCAAGACUUGGUUUCUUCUCACCCGUCCGCCCUGCUCAACCAGCAGCGAGACAAGAGCCAUCUGAGCUAUCAGAAGAGGAAACAAAUUCUCAAUCAGAGCCAAGGUCCAACCAAUCAUCUCCAGAUCGUCGCUCUGAGGCAUCUUCGGUACAUGAGGAGCAUGAUGUGUCCAUGCAGGAGACCUAUGAGCAGCCUGAUGAGAGAGAACAAUCAGAGGAAUAUGAGCAGGAAGAGCUGGAUGAGGAAGGCACUGAAGAAGAAGUUGAGGAAAUUCAGCCUUCUCAGAUGCCCUCUGUGCCCCAGAAGGCGAACUCCACUCCUGAACAACAACGGCCUGCGCAAUCCUUCUUCAAAGCCUCGACACGGAACGCAGUUGCUGAACCAGAACUGGAACCAGUUCCUACUACAGGGGAACCCACUCCACCACGGAUGCAGCUCUCUCAUGCCGAUAUACACAGAUGGCAGCAGGAAACUUCCAAUGCUAGUGAAGACUCCCCAGAACCAACCCCAGCUAAACCCGCUCCCCGACCCGCUCCUCGUCCUCUUCUUCGACCACUACCUCCCAGAAACGCCUCCCCUACCAAAUCAAGCCUACGCUCUCCUCUCAAACCUCAUACCCCUGGUCGUGUAGUCGAGUUUACGAGCAGCGUCCUCUCUCCUAUAGAACAGGCCAAGGUUCGACAUCAACGCCGACUAUCCAAUUCGUCAGCAGCAUCGCAGUCUAGUAACGCCCCCCAGCGACCGCGUAUUAGACCACCACCCCGCCAAACUGCCCACAAGGACACCACCAUUGAGGAUCCUGCGUCUAACGUAGGACCACCUAAGAAACAACCACGUCCUGCACCACUAUCACAAACUGUCUGGACCCGAAAACAUUGGCUUGUGCUCGAUGAUUUACUUCAAGAGCGUCGCCAAGGCCCUUUCACCACAUAUUACGAACGUUGCUCAGACAAAUAUCUUGGAAAAAUUGUUGCUAGCCAGGGCGAAGCCAUGACGCUGGAGCGCUGGCACCUGGAUUGUGUCGAUGCCUUCAAGGCUCAAGUCGGUGGCUGGGACGAAGGUGCCCUGGCCAAAAGACUAUUCGCUCUUAUCCUGGGUGAGCAGAGGAGAAGUCAGGAGGCUUCUUCUUCUGCCGGACCUAGGCGAGUUAUGUUCCAUUGA